UCGCCUACGCUGUUCAUGGCGGCGGCCGAGCCCCCCCCCCCCCUCCCCGCCCUCUCGCCGGGCCGGCCGCGCCGCGCCGCCUCUCUGACGCACUUCCGGCGCGGGCAGGUGACGCGUCGGGGCGGGAUGCGGGCCCUGGGUCUGUCCCGGUGGCUCCGGUCGGGACGGCUCCAGACGCCGGUCCCUCCCCGCCGGGCAACGCUGACGGCGGGGCGGCACGGCCAGCAGCGGCCGCCGCCGCAGCAGCCGGUGGCGGUGGAAGUGCUGGAUCGCUUGGAACAGCUCGCCCUGGUCGACUUCCGCGACACAGAGGGCGUCGAGCGGCUGCGGAAAGCGAUCCAGUUUGCUGAUCAGCUUCACGAAGUGAACACCGACGGCGUGGAGCCCAUGGAUUCCGUCCUGGAGGACAGGUGUCUGUAUCUCAGGGAAGAUGAUGUGACAGAAGGCAACUGCGCGAACGAGCUGCUGAAAAAUGCCAGAAAGAAAGUAGAGGAAUAUUUUGUAGCCCCACCAGGUAACAUCCCUCUACCAACGCUAGAAGAACGAGAGACUUUUCUGCAGGGCUCUUAGCGAAAGCCCAGAACCCAAACACAAUUUCAGUGUUUUAUGUGGGAAAACUGAGAUUUGUGCAGUCACAGCUGAAAUAUCCUGGCAUGCAUUUUGAUCAAAAGAAGAGCACUUGCAAGAUGAUUUACAGAAGAAGGAAGGUGUAAAAAGUUUAUCAGCGCUACUGAAAUGUCAAUGUUUAUGAAGCUAGAAGGCAGCACGACAGAUCACUUAAUACUUCUAUUUAGCUAAGGGAAUUUGAUGUUCUUUUAAGAUACUGAAUGGCUUAAAGGCCUUAAAGAGAACAUUAAAAGGUUAUGAUUAAAAAACCCAGAACACAAUAUUUUUCCUCAACUAUUUUGUCAGGAAAACCAGAGAGAUUGGAAGGCUGUAUUUGCCUGUUUCUCACCUUUAGCUUGACGGUGGCUCUGACCCUGUCAGAAGUAACAAAGUCUGUAACAUUGCUGAGUAUCUCUGUGAUGUACGGACAGAACUCAGAUUUUAAUUAUGGAAGAAAAGGCACUUUGAGAAGAUCAGUCACUCAAAUAUUUUGCUUCUAUUGAAUAUUUCCAUUCUAUCUCUGUGCUCCAUGACUGUAUGGGUUACCUUCUGUUUCCCACUUUGUAUUUUUAUUCUCACAAAUUAAAUACUAGGAGUUGUACAUAAUUAGAGAAAGAACUUUUCAUACAGAGAAACAGCUGCUCUAAAAUUAAAAAUCUUUGCCAUAAAUAUUUCUGUACACCAGACAUGUAUCUCUAGGGAUACUAGUGAUAUUUCCUGGAUUAAACCAUUUUUUCUGUUUCAAACAAAGCAAUGCAGUUGUUUGUGUUAUUUAAAAUAUGCUGCAUGGCUAAGCUUGUAAAUAAAGAAUGGAAUUACCUGUGAACUUGACAUUUUUAUUCUGUUGGC